AUUUGUUGUUUUCGGAAGAGGAUGGAGAAUUCCAGUGGGGCAGUGGGCGUUAUUUUAAUUUGUGGAAAGAAAUGCUACAACUGGUGACAGCUAGGGCAAAGACACAGGUUCCCACUCACCGCCUCUCACACCAGACCGAACCUGGUAGGCCUCAAAACCUGGUGGAACAUCCGAGAAGAGCGCAGGCGUGUUGGGAGCGGAACUCGCGCACGCCGCUUUGGCGGGUUGACCGACGCUCUCGUUGUGGAGAAUUUGCUCACAUUUGAAAUUGUAUACCAUCGCACAGAAAAUGUUUGAAAUUUUCAUCAUAAAGAAUGAUCUCCUGUCCUGACUGAGAUGGCCAGAUUGGUUUUUUCAAUAAAUAUGAUUUGAUUAAGCAAGUGGAAGACCCUAGCUGUUUCUGGGGGAGAAUAACAAAUGGCUUCUGUGAUCUGGUUGAAAAUGCAAAUCAAUAUCAAAGAUUGGAGGAGAAGAUGAAUCAAUUCUACAACAGGAGCCAUGAAGAUUUAGAGGAAAUUAAACUUCCUGUUCUAGAACAAGGGCAGAUUUGUGCUAUUUACUGUCAUGAGCUACGAUGCUGGUGCAGGGCAAUACUAGAAUCUCUUGUAUCAAGUGGAAGUAGUUAUCUUGCAGAGUGUUUCCUAGUUGACUAUGCAAAACACAUACUGGUGAAAGCAAAGGAUGUACGAAGAGCAGUUGAUGCCUUUUGGAAGCUGCCAUACCGUGCUAAAAAGUUUACAUUGUUUGGCAUACAGCCAUUGACCUUGCACAUUGAUGUUUGUGAAGAGAAAGCAAAAAUUGGCCCAGCAGUAAGAUGGGACAGUGCCGCAAUACAGUAUUUCCAAAAAAUGUCCCUAGAAUCUGAAGUAGCUGAAGCAAAAUUACAAGGUGUGACUGGGGAUACCUUUGCAGUUCAAUUAUACCUCUCUCUGAAUGAUGAAAAGGUGUGUCUGAAUGAUGAUUUGGUAGCAAAAUUCUUUGCGUGUUACGUUUCACCGAAAGACAUGGUGAAAAGUCCGAAUUCUGCAUCAGCAAUCUCUUCAGCACUAUACCAAAAGAAGGAAGUGCCAGCUAAGAAGAAUGUAGGCCAUGCAGCAUUAGCUCUUUGGUCUGAGACAGUGCAAGGAAGUGCUCUUACAGUAUUAAAGCAAGGUCCUGCUGACCAAGAGCCAGUUGCUCAAUGUCUACAAUCCCAAGAAAGCAUAUCCAGUAAAAGUAUGAGCAAACAAUACAGUGAGACAGCUGUAUCGUUGUCCAAUAGAAAAUCAACUGAGUCACUCGCAACCUUUUCUCUUUGUUCUUUGGAAAAAGAAUUAAAUUGCAAGAGAGCAAGGUUUUACCUUCAUGAUGAAAUGGGGAUGGACAGGGAGUCCUCCCCAGUGAUGCAGGAAUGUGAUGAAAUACCAGCUGCUAGAAGACUCCUACAGUUUCUAAAUCCAGAUCCAUUGAACGCAAAAAGUGAACUUGAAUUUAAUUUACAACAGCCAUCCUACAAAAUGGCUUUUGACCCCUGGAACGGAGUCUUGGUGCAUUCACUAAUCAAACUGAGACCUUGUAGGAGCAUGGAAAUGUCACCUAUUUCUCUGGAUUUAAAGAAGGAACUGUGGAAGAAAAAAAUUGUUAGUCCAAAUGUUGUGCAAGCUUACUGUUGGCCUGCUAUAGGCCGUGGUUGUGACUUGAUUGCAAUAUCGCAGAAAGGAGAUGAUCCUCUUCUCUACCUCCCUCCAUUGUUGACAUUUUUACAAUUACCAUCCGUGUAUAGCUAUCAGCCCAGGCGAAAUUUGCCUUUAGCAAUAAUUGUUUGCCCGGGACGACAGAAGGCCCACUUUGUAUGUCAGAUGUUAAUGGACUUAACAAGAACUUCCCGACCUCUUUCUCUAUCCUUGGUUUUGGUUGGACAAGAUCCAGAAGAAACCAAGAAAACAAAAUUUACCAAAGGAUGUGAUGUAGUUGUUACUACUCCACACAGUUUGGCACGUGUCCUUCAAAUACACUGUCUAUUUUUCAUUAGACUCAGCCAUUUGGUAUUGGAUAGAGUUGAUGUACUUUUUGAUGAAGCAAUGGAUGAAAUGAAUACUAUCUUGCAAUGCUUCAGGGAAGCCACCAAUGUUCCAGAAAGAGGCUCAACCCCACAACAGCUCAUUGCUGUUGGACAGCAUUGGUCAAAAAAAAUGGACAGUUUACUGAAAGAAAAUCAAAGUGAUCCUUAUGUCGUUAUAACUGUCAUGGAGGAAGCUGCCCUAUAUGGGAAUGUCCAUCAGAUUGUGAAGGUUUGCCUAGACUGUGAGAAAACAUCAUUUUUGAUUACGAUGUUGGACUUCACCUCUGAAAUUUUGCAGAAGACUAUUAUCUUUGCUAAUUGUGCUGAAGAAGUCGAUCAUGUGUUUAAGGCUUUAGGCAGUAAUUCACAUUUCUGCAUGAAGGUCCAUGAAGGAAUGAGCUUGCAGGUCAGCAAUACAAUGGAUGAGUGGAGUAAGAAAUUCAACCCUGGCACACAUGUGAUAUUAGUUACAACUGAUAACUGCGUGAAAGCAUUGAGGAUUACAGAUGCUACCUGUGUAAUUCAUUAUGGUUUUCCCUCAUCUUGUGAGAUAUUUGGAACUCGUCUAUGUUGCAUGGUUGACAAUUUUGAUAAUCUGACAAUGGAGGGGUCAACUCGUCAAGGUCAGUCAAUCGUACUACUUACUGAAAAAGAUGUUCUACAGACAGUUUCCAUUCUGCACUACUUGGAGAGAACAGAAGCUAAAAUUCCCAAAGAAUUAUUUAAAUUUAUUUUGAACAUGAAUAACCCAGAUGACAUUUGCUAUGACAGAGCCUUAUGUAAAUACCUUAAAGCAUAUGGAAUUUGCAGGGAUAAUAAAACAUGUCCAAGUCGUCACAAACUUCAUCACAAUGCAGACAAGCCGCGGUAUCUUACAGCUGAAAAGAUAUUACCUGCCACAGGGUACAUUGAGAUUAUUCCAACAUGUGUCAGUGAUGCUUCAAGUUGUUAUGGUAGAAUAAUACAUCACAGGAAUAAAUGGGAGGAUACCCCAGUUUCAAUGGAAGAGGACUAUCUAAUGCUUUUGAAAGACAUGGCUGAUUACUACUUGGAAGAUGACUGCCGGAAACCAGUAGAACAAUUAGAAGUUUCUGCUCUGUAUGGAUUAGAGGAGAAAAGCUACAGUAGGGUGCAGUUAAUAGCAUUGCCAAAGAAAGCUGAAAGUGCAGUUCUCAGGAAUGCAAGAGUGAAGUACAUCGACAGUGGUCACACUGGACUAGUGAUGCAGAAACAGCUGCUCAAACUUCCUGCCAAAUUUCAGGUUCUGCCACCACAAGUUGUCGAAUUUAUUGUAUGUAGCGUAAAACCUAUUGACAAUGAAAUGGAUUGGAAUCCACAGGUUUCCAGAUAUAUUAAACAAAAGAUCAGCAAUAAAUCACAUGAAGCCAAAAUUGCUCUUGCUCUUGGUAACACUCUAUGGCUGAAUCCUGUAGUGCGUAUGGCUAAAUUGGCUGAUCUGAAAACCACAAUAUUAGAGUAUAACAUUCGUUCACAAAUCAUGAAUUCUGGAUUUGGAACUGAUAAUGCGGAGCACAUUGAAAGAUUGAAGGAUCUCUGCAGGGUAGCCGGACUUAGUUUGCCCAAUGAGCAUUCUCCUCUGAAACAACUACGUUAUGAUAACAAGUUAGAACAUGUCACACUCAAGAAUGAUGGAAACUACCAUUCAGUUGUAAUUUCUGAAUUUUGUAGUCCAAAGAAAUUUCAUGUGCGAUUAGUGGCAACACGUGACGCGUUUUAUGCUUUUGAAAAUGAAAUCAACCAAAAGGUUAUGGAAAAGGAAAUGUUUAUUUCCAACAGUUACGUGCCAACUGUUGGUGACUUGUGCUUGGCAUUCUGUGAAACAGAAAAGAGGUGGCGUAGAGUGAAGAUCUUGUCAGUUGUUGAUUCCAAAAGGAGUUAUGAGGUGUUCUUUGUGGAUUUUGGAACAUGCAGCUAUAUUUCUUGGAAUAAUAUUCAUCCUUUAUUGAAAGAUGCCCUUAGGCUUCCUUUUCAGGCCAUCUGCUGUUCGCUUCUUGGUGUGGAGCCUGUGGAAAAACUCUGCAAUCCAGAGAUUAAAGAGUGGUCCUGGUCUACUUUCCAGGAUAAGGAACUCCAAGUUAAAGUAAUUGAACAAAGUAGAAAUGAUCUAACUGAUGCCAUAUGCUAUCAUGUUGUCGUGCAGGAUCCUUCUAAUGCUGGCUCUAUAAAACUUUCAGAAUGUAUGGUAUCUAAACAACUAGGCAUUGGGCCACCUGCAAUUUUAAAUCAAUUGUUUUCAGAAGAAGCUGUGGAAAAUAAAGAAACCAGCUACAUUUUCUACCUCUGUUCUUCGGUUUGUGCACUUUUAGGAGAUCAAAAUUCAUCAUCAUUAAGAACUACUAUAGUGGAGGAACUCAAAGACAUUGUGCUGCAGUAUCCUGCAGAAAGUGCAUCAGAAUCAGGUUUACACUUCUUAUGCAGGUUGCUCAGAUUCCUGUCUGUUCCAAAAGAACAAACUGAUGUAAUAAUUGCCAUGACUCAUGUGGCCAGGAUGCAAGGAAGAGAUCUGGAUGAAAUCAAACAAGAGAGAGGAAUUUAUGUACUUGUGAAGCUGCUUCAGGGUGUGACCAGUGCAGAACUACAAGAAAGCAUAUGUAUUGCACUUGGAAUUCCAGGUGAAAACACUGAUCUGCACACCGCUAUAAUUGAUGCCAAUGCAUUGAAGCACCUUUGCCAUUUAUUGAAAAUGCCAAUUGAAACUAAUGUGUGGGAAACUACUAUUGGAGCUUUAGCUUCACUUCUUUGCUCCAGCAGAGUUUGUGAAGAAAUUGAACAGCAAGAGAUUGUAUGUCACCUUUGUAUGAAGAUUGAACUAUCCUCAAAGGAUAAGGUUUUGGAAAACGUUUUGAAGGUUUUGUGUUAUCUCAGUGGAAGACCGCAGAGUCUGAAUUUAAUGUUAUUGAGUGGACUUGUUUCAACUAUUGACAGGCUGUUAGUACACACAUCCAGCAAGACUGCUUUAUAUGAAGUUGCAAACAAUUUGAAGUCUUCACUGGCCAGUUUACAAAAUUUACACUGCCCACAAAAUGAUGCAGCCUCUUGUGAAAGAAAUACAGGCAUUAUGGAUCUUCCUGAAGACAGACAGAAUAAAUUAGCGGUGGAUCCUAAAAGCUUUCACCCUGAAAUCAAGUGGCAUCAGAAGGAAGACCGCCUUAUACUAAAUAUCAAGUUGCGGAAUUUUACAGAACAUUCAUGUAAAUUUGAUCAUUGCAGAGUCGUAUUCAGUGCCUCUGUUGGUACCAAAUUAUAUUUGGCAGAUUUGGAACUUAAUGGCAGGAUUUUAGAGGAAAAGAGCUCGUGUGUCAUUAAAAAUGAAGAACCUGUUAUAAUACUGUUCAAAGAAGAGAAAAGUGAAUGGAGCACUUUGCUGAAAUUCAAGAAUCCAAAUGUUACCUUUGAUUUCAACUACCUUGAGGAAGUGACCGAAGAUGUGUCUCUUCCGAUUUGGAAUGGUAUUAGAAGAAACAGGAAACAAGUAGUAAUUGAACCCAUCAUCGAUGAAUAUGAUAGUUUUACCAGUGCUAAUGAUAGUUCUGAAGAAGAUUACUAAUAACUCAGGAACUCAUGAUUGGUGUGAAAGAAGAGACAACAAAUUUAUUUUAAAAGGACUAAUAUUACACUUCUGAGAAUCUUUGGCAGAUCUGAAUCAAUGGCCUUGCUUUGUGAGAAGAACAAGUGUUGCUUGUUUCACAGAUACUACCAGACCUGCUGAGUAAUUCCAGCAUUUUCUGUUUUCAUUAUCAGAGUAAUAACUUGUUAAAGUCGCUAAAUGGUUGCUAAGAUGACAGUAUCAGUUCCUGCAUGGAAAGAGAGUUAAUUGUGGCAACCAACAUCAAAGUCUGUUACAGCAUUAAUUCUCUCCCUCUGCAUUCAAGCAACACCAAUAACAAUUUUAGGCUAUAGUCUGAAAUGCUGAUCUCUUAUUAUAUUACUUACGAAGUGAUCUAAUUUUGUUCAAACAUGUUUCAAACAAUUUUACAAACUUCUGUGUAUGUUCACUGGUUUAACUUAUGGCUGAACCUGAAUUGCAUUAUUUGCUGCAGAUUAGCAGUUGGAAUAUUUCACUUGGAUACCAUUUUUGAAGCAUUAAUAUUAAAAAUAUGUAUGUGAUAACCUGAAGCCUGAAAUGCAAAAGCAGCUAGCAAUUGUUCUUCCUGACCAACAUAGUUAACUGGCUGUUUACAGACUGUUUGUUUGUUUUUACUAAUUUAGGGGGAAUAUUGCAAUGGCUUCAUUUUAGGUCAGGGUAGCCUAACUGUCCCAACCAUAGACAUCAGACUACACAUAAGCAAUGCCACAGGACAUCUAGUUAUUAUUAUCAAACUUUAGCAAAACAAAACUCUACAAAAGCUGGACAUCAUUAACUCAGUUUCUCUAUCCACAGAUGUUGCGUGACCUCACUAAUCCCAGCUUUUCUGUUUCACACCAUUACUUAUUUGUUUUACAUAAACUAGCUUCAAUUUCAACUUGUGUCCACCCUGCUAAACUCCACUCAUUGCAUAAAAGAUGAAAUGUUCCACACCAGUGACGCAACUACCACUUUGGCACAAUAAAUAUUUCCAAAACUUAUCUAUUCAAAUCCCAUCUUCCCUGUUCUUUCCCUAUAUGUUUUACAAUUUUCAAAUUCUUGUCGAGUUCCCCCUUUAGCUGACCUUGAGGUUUCCACAUCUGCACCCACUUGUUGUAACAGACUGUUAUAAUUACUUGUGAAAGAAUUAAGCUUGCAAGAACAAAGAACAGAACAAAGAGCAGUACAGCACAGGAACAAGUCCUUCACCCCUCCAAGCCUGCGCUGACACAUUUUGCCCUUCCAUACUAAAACUGUCUUCACUUACAGGAUCCAUAUCCCUCUAUUCUCCUUUCUAUUCAUGUAUUCGUCCAGAUGUUUUUGAAUACUACUAUUGUGUCUGUUUCAACCACUUCCUCUAGCAGCGUGUUCCAGGCACUCACCAUUCUUUGUGUGAGAAACGUGCUUUGCACAUCUCUUUUAAUGCCCCUGCACUUUGAAGCUGAGUCCUGUAGUAAUUGACCCCUCUACCCUGAGAAAAAGCCUCAUACUUUCCACUAUAUCCAUGCCAUUCACAAUCUUAUAAACUUCUAUCAGGUCACUGCUUAACCUCCUGCGUUCCAGUGAAAACAAACCCAGUCUAUCCCACCUUUCUUCAUAGCUAAAAUCCCCCAUACCAGGCAACAUUCUGGUAAACCUUUUCUGUACUCUCUUCAAAGCAUCCACAUCCUUCUGGUAGUGUGGUGACCAGAACUAUACACAAUAUUCCAAGUGUGGCCUAACUAAAGUUCUACAAAGCUGCAGCAUAACUUGUAUAUUGUUAUUACUCAAGGCCCCUUCCAAUAAAGGCAUGCAUGCCAUAGGCCAACUUCUAUUCUUUCAUCUACUUCAGGAUAUUUUCAUUUGACAUAAAACAAAUUAUAUUUUUAUGGGACUACAGUCCCUAUAGCAAACGCUGUCUGAAUUUGCAUGUGGCUAAAGGUCCCACAAGUUGCAUUGCAAUUAUUGACCAGUCAACUAACUCUUUUUGUUUUUUCAGUUGAGGAACAAAUAUUAGGACCCUGGGAGAAAGAGAACUGGGCAAGUUAGUUUAUAAAGUUUACAAAAUAAAUAUUUCUUUUGUGGUGGUUCUUGUGUGCACUAAUUCCACUCAAUUAGGUUUUCAAUUAAAAAAUAAUAAAGCUUAUGUU